AUGGCCUCCGCCAAAGAUGCACAGCCGGCACCAGAAAAGUCGCUCUCCUCUGAUCCUCAGCCUGAACCAAGCAAGAAAGGUGCCCGAUUCUGGCUUAUCUUCGUGGCUAUUUCCUUGACAACUUUCCUCGCUGCCCUCGACACCUCCAUCAUCUCAACAGCACUACCCACUAUCACUGCUGACCUUGGGUCGGAGUCUCUUUACGUAUGGAUCAUCGACGCUUACCUUUUGGCCUCGACGGCCACCAUCCCCAUCUUUGCGCAAGCCGCCAACAUUUACGGCCGUCGCAGUUUAACCCUCAUCGCCGUUUGCAUCUUCACGCUCGGUAGUGGCCUAUGUGGCGGCGCACAUAACACGGCCAUGAUGGUCGGUGGACGCGCCGUGCAAGGCAUAGGUGGAGGAGGCAUUCUCACCAUGAGUGAGAUUGUCGUCUGUGAUAUGGUCUCCAUUCGAGAACGAGGCAUGUACGCUGGCAUCAUCGGCGGCGUCUGGGCUAUUGCUGCCGUGGUUGCGCCCGUGAUGGGAGGUGCUUUUGCGCAGAACAUCUCGUGGCGAUGGAUCUUCUACAUCAAUCUCCCGAUUGCCGGUGUUUCUCUGGUCGCCUUGGGCCUGUUCCUCAAACUGUCUCGCCCACCGUCUGGUACCUUCAAGGAGCAGAUGAGCAGGAUCGAUUGGGGCGGCAGCGUCCUUCUCAUCGGCUCUGUCACAUCCAUCGUUCUGGCACUGAGCUGGGGUGGCUCUGAACAUCCAUGGUCGGGCUGGCAAACAAUUGUUCCUCUCGUCAUCGGCCUGCUUGCCCUGGUUGCUUUCUUUGCGUACCAAGGCGCUCCGUGGCUCAGAGAACCCACCAUGCCUCUCAGACUGUUCAGCAACCGGACAUCGUCCACAUUGCUCGUCAUCAGCUUCAUCCAUAGCCUGUUGCUGUACUGGAUUUGCUACUUUCUCCCAGUUUACUUCCAGGCUGUCAAGGAGGCCAGCCCUACACGCUCAGCAGUCAUGCUCUUCCCCAUUGCCUGUACAAGCGCUCCCGCUGGCGUAGCUGCUGGCAUCACCAUCACCAAGACGGGAAAGUAUCGUGUUUGGCACUUCACUGGAUUUGUGCUCAUGUCAAUUGCCUGUGGCCUUUUUACCUUGCUUGAUGCCCAAUCCUCAACUGGGCGCUGGGUCGGCUUCCAGAUCUUGUUUGGUGUCGGCACUGGAACAGUGUUUACUUCGACACUGCCUCCCAUCCUCGCCAGUCUUCCUGAUUCCGACGUCGCCACUGCAACUGGUGCGUGGACAUUCAUCCGCAACUUCGGAUCGAUCUGGGGUGUUGCUAUCCCAGCUGCUGUCUUCAAUAAUCAUGUCAAUCACGCGGCUCCGAAGAUCUCAGACUCGUCAGUCAAAAGUCUUCUCGUUGAUGGAGGGGCGUACGAGCAUGCGACUCAGCACUUCAUCAAGAGUCUCUCCCCCAAUCCGGAUCUAAAGACCCAAGUUAUUCAGGUGUAUCUAGAGGGACUCAAGGUUGUUUGGCAGGUGUCUCUCGCAUUUUGUCUCCUUGGCUUCAUUCUUUGUUUCUUUGUUCGCUCAUUGACAUUGCGUGAUGAACUCAAUACGGAGUUUGGGUUGAAGGAGGAGAAGCCCAACUCGAAUAACAUGUCGAGUGAGGAGGGCGUUGUGAGGGACUGA